AUGUCUCCAGACUCAGUGGCUCCUGUACAGGUCUGGGUGGGUGGCCAGCUCUUCCAGGCCGACCGAGGCCUGCUGGUGAAGCACUGCGGAUUCUUCCGCGGCCUCUUCCGCUCUGGCAUGCGAGAAGCGCGGGAGGCCGAGGUGCAUCUUGGCGCGCUGAGCGCGGGCGGCUUCAACACCACGCUGCGGGUUCUGCGCGGCGAGCGGCCGGCGCUGGUGGAUGCAGAAGAGCUGCUGCAAGCUGUGGAAUGCGCUGCCUUCCUGCAGGCUCCAAUGCUAGCACACUUCCUGGAGUACUGCCUCACAACUGAAAACUGCGCGUUGCUAUGCGACGCGGCCGCUGCCUUCGGCCUGCAUGAAGUGUUCCACAGCGCCGCGCUGUUCAUCCGCGACGGCACGCGCGAGCUGGCGGCUGAGCUGGUGCUUCCCGAAGCCCGCGCCUACGUGGCGGCGCUACGACCCAGCAGAUACGUGGCCCUGAGCACCCACACACCCGCACCCGGCUUCCUGGAGGAUGCGUCGCGCACGAUGUGCUACCUGGACGAGGAGGAGAACACGUGGCGCACGCUAGCCACGUUGCCCCUGGAGGCGAGCACGCUGCUAGCCGGCGUGGCCACGCUGGGCAACAAGCUCUACAUCGUGGGAGGCGUGCGUGGCGCCAACAAGGAGGUGGUAGAAUUGGGCUUCUGUUACGACCCGGACGGCGGCACGUGGUGCGAGUUCCCCAGCCCGCACCAGCCGCGCUAUGACGUGGCUUUGGCUGGCUUCGACGGCCGCCUCUAUGCCAUAGGCGGCGAAUUCCAGAGAACACCCAUGAGUUCCGUGGAGCUCUACGACCCUACCGCGGGCUGCUGGAGCUUCGUGGCCCACUUGCCGCAGCCAGCCGCCGGCGUGCCCUGCGCCCAGGCAUGUGGCCGUCUCUUCGUGUGCCUCUGGCGACCGGCUGACACCACAGCCGUGAUGGAGUAUGUGACUCAGGACGAUGCCUGGCUGCCGGUGGCCGAGCUACGGCGCCCGCAGAGCUACGGCCACUGCAUGGUGGCCCACCGCGACAGUCUCUAUGUGGUGCGAAAUGGACCUUCAGACGACUUCCUGCAUUGUGCCAUCGACUGCCUCAACCUGGUCACAGGCCAGUGGACAGCGCUGCCCGGCCAGUUUGUUAACAGCAAGGGGGCGCUCUUCACUGCUGUUGUGCGUGGCGACACCGUCUAUACCGUCAACCGCAUGUUCACGCUGCUUUACACCAUUGAGGGCGGCACUUGGCGGCUGCUCAGGGAGAAAGCCGGCUUUCCCCGGCCGGGCUCCUUGCAAACCUUUCUUCUGAGGUUACCUGCUGGGCCCCUGGGCCCUGUGGCCUCAGCGACACCGGAACUGUGA